UUUAUUUUCUUCCCGCCAAUUUCUUCACCUCCAUUUUCUCUUUCUCUCUCCAAACUCUGCAUUUAUCAUAAACAUAAACAUAAACAUUUCUUUAUUCAUCACCUCAAAUUCCAACUAUAUUAUCAACAUAAACUUCCUUAAUUCAAACUCGCAAAAUGCAACAAGAGACAAUGACCUCUUCUAAGACGAUGAACCGAAUCUCAUCACCAGCUCAAUAUUCGGAUAUCUUCAAUCCGCCUCCAUACUCUUCGAUUUUCUUUCACUCUACAUCAUCUCCGACCUCGAUUGUAACUCCUUCAAAAACGUCGUCAUACGACAACUCUACACCAACAAAAGAAAGUGUCGCAAAUGCUGCAGCGAAAAAUCUCUCUAUACUGAUGUCGGAGCACAAGGAUCUUAUCAAACGCCAUGCUCUCUGCCUCAAACAGCUCCAUAAAACUUUUAAAGAAGCUGAAAAUCUCCGUCAAGAGAAUACAAACCUCCGCAUGGCAAAUCUUGAACUCGGCAACCAGGUUAACCUCCUAAUUCAGACAACUCUCAAGAAUCGGUACCAGACAGUGUCAAUUUCUGAUUAUACAGAGCAAUCUGGCUCAUCUUCUCUCUCCUCGAGUUCUGAGAAGUUCGUUGGCGGUUAUGCGAAGGAGAGAGAAAAUGAAGGUCUGAAGGAAGGAUUUGUAUCUCAAAGUCAGAGUCCAACAAAGCUUACGAUGGAGAACAGUGAAUCGGAGAUUGAGAAGGAUGAAGAAGCUCGAGUUACGUUGCCGAAAAGUAUCUCAGUGAGGUCUAAUGGAUUCUUGAAGAUGAAUCAAACUUCUGGUGCUGGCAAUAAUUCUUCGCUUAGUCCUGCAACUAGGAUUCGAGCUCCAAGUCCUGUCUCUGGACCGCAAAAGGUGUAUGUCCGAGGAGGAAGCAAGAAGGAUGGACCCAUAGAGCUGGAAGUAUACAAUCAAGGAAUGUUUAAGACUGAGCUAUGCAACAAAUGGCAAGAGACUGGGACCUGCCCUUAUGGAGAUCAUUGCCAAUAUGCUCAUGGCAUCAAUGAACUUCGUCCUGUCAUUCGCCACCCUCGCUACAAGACUGAGGUCUGCCGCAUGGUCCUUGCUGGUGAUCCCUGCCCAUAUGGUCAUCGCUGCCACUUUCGUCAUGCCCUCACUGAUGAGGAGAAGCUUAUGCUUCCACUCAGACUUGACUAGCAACUUCAUUCCACUGCUACAAAACCAUCUGCUGCUGAAAUCUUAUUCAGGUACCAUAAAUUCCAUAAUUGAAGAUUGAAAGCUUAUACUAUCACACAAAUGUAGCAUAAUAAUAUCUACUAAUGAAGUAAAUAUGCACUAUAUAAUAGUACAAAAGCCAAAUAUGGAACCCACAAUUGAUGAUAAAUACUGGCAGUAAGUUUGUCUAUAAAUACUAAGAAAAGGAAACAAAGAAGUAAAUAGCAAUGAAGCAGGGAUUCUGCUGUUGAAGCUUUCACUAAUUGCUUCUGGUGUUGAAGGGCCAAGUUACACAACAAUAAGAAGUCUGGACUUUUUUGUAAUAAUUUGUACUCCUAGUACAUGCUUCGUCCCACUAGCCAUUGUAUAGCAGAGCUUGUUUGUAGCUUCAUGUCAAACCUGAAACUGCAAACCAUAUAUUCAUAGUAUUGAUUUCC